UAAAAGUUCAUAACAAUUGGGUUAUGCUUCGUUGGCGGACGCGCGUAGUUAGCCAAAAACGACUGUUCCUCUGAAGACCAAGAAAUUCCACGCGCAAAUUCCCAACUCUAAUCUCUUUCUCUCUGCGAUUUUUGUUGCAUUUCACUGAUCAGAAGCCAGAAUUUCUAUGUCUGUUCUGUUUUGUUGAUUGAAUGCAGCGGGACUCUAUUCGUGUUACUGUUUGAUUCUUUAUUUGCUCUGUUAUCGCAAAACUCUCCCCGGGUCAGAAUUGCCGGAGACUUGUUACGGUCCAGAGAUUUGAUUCGUUGGAUCAGAAAUUGAGCAUAAUAUAGGUUGUGAUGACUUGUUUCCCUUGUUGUUCAAGAAGAAAGAGAGAUUUGUUCGCUGCUCCAACAACAACAGCAGUCGAAGGUUUAUUUGAUACGGAGAUUUCAAAUAUUCAGAACGUUCGCUUGUACUCAUAUGAAGAACUUAGAAAAGCAACUGAAAAUUUCAGGUCUGAAAAUAAACUUGGACAGGGAGGCUUUGGAUCUGUCUACAAGGGAAGGCUCAAAGAUGGAACGCUGGCUGCCAUAAAGGUACUAUCCGUGGACUCAAGCCAAGGGACACGGGAGUUUUUGGCAGAAAUCAAUGUGAUUACAUCUAUAAACCAUGAUAACCUGGUUAAGUUGCAUGGUUGUUGUCUGGAAGGGCACCACCGGAUCUUGGUCUAUCCUUACCUAGAAAAUAACAGCCUUGACAGGACGCUUUUUGGUGGUAGAGGACAAGGGAAUGUCCAAUUCAAUUGGCAAACAAGGUGUAAAAUAUGCAUCGGUAUUGCACAGGGGCUCACAUUCCUUCAUGAAGAAGUUCAGCCACAUGUUAUCCACAGGGACAUCAAAGCAAGCAAUAUCCUUCUUGAUAAGGACUUAACCCCAAAAAUUUCUGAUUUUGGUCUUGCUAGAUUACUCCCUGCUCACUUGACCCACAUUAGUACACGUAUCGCUGGGACAACAGGUUAUAUUGCACCUGAAUAUGCCAUACGGGGGCAAGCGACAAGAAGAACAGAUAUUUAUAGUUUUGGUGUCUUACUCGUGGAGAUUGUUUGUGGGAGGCACAACAUAAACAGACGGUUGCUGGCUGAGGAACCAUAUCUUCUUGAAAUGGUGUGGGAGCUUCAUGAGAGAGGGCAAUUGCUGGAAUUGGUAGACCGAUCCCUACAUGGAGACUUUGAUGCCGAGGAGGCCAGCAGAUAUUUAAAAAUUGGUCUUCUCUGCACCCAAGAUAUGCCAAAACUUCGGCCAUCUAUGUCGACCGUCGUGAAGAUGCUUACAGGUGACAUUGAUAUAUCUGAUCAAACAAUAUCUAGACCAGGAAUGCUUUCAGAGUUCAUGCUACGGAAAGAUGUACUAGCCAAGAAAGGCGAGUCCGAUUUGAAGCUUGCAUCAACAACUGAAGACUCGGGAAAGCCAAUUGAUUCAACUUCAUCAUCAGGGUACAUGGAUACCUCAUUUGCAACCAUGACCUUCAAUUCGAUAUUUGAUCGUAGUAACUGAGUUAGAAAUUAUUUGUCAGUCAGCGAGCCUUCUAAUUGAAGGGAGGUAUAUUUAUUUUUUUUUUUUGGUUCUAUCUGAAUAUUUGAACUCUACUAGGACACUUUUUCCACCUUCAUGGGUCACAUAGAUUUUUACUGUUGCUGUCUUGAAGGAUUUCUCAGUGAUGAAUUUUCAGUGAGAAAAUAUAUUGUUGCUACUUUUCUUGUUGGAGAAGAGUUUUAUCGUGCGACGUGUUAUUUGCUCAAGGUGUGUAUUGAAUUAUUCUUUGUAUCUUUGAUCCUGUUGGCAUGAAAAUAAAAUCCACCCUUCUUAUGUUU